AUGAAAGCACAAAACCUUGAGGAAAACCCCGUUGUUGCAAAAUCAAAAAGAGGAAGAAAAGCUUUUGCUGUAAGUGAAGGGUAUAUGGACCCUACCGGAAAAACUCAUAUCAUGACAGUUAGAAGGUCAAAUCCCCCGACGCCGAAAAAGAAAGCUCCAAACGUUCCAAAAGCCAUAAAACAAAGCAAUAAUGGUUGUAGUCGAUGUAAUCAAAAUAAAAAAUAUUCGACGUUCUUAAUGAACAAAUUGACAAAUUACAAAGUAUGUAAUGAGAAACAUUUUAGUAUAUUUAAUCAAAGUAGUGCCGAGCUAUUUGAAAGACAAAAUCAAACACAAUUACAAGUUCAGAUUGCAACUCCGAUAACUACAUCAACACCAAAUAUUGUCGUUCCUGAUCAGUUUGUUAAUACAACAAUUCCACGAUCUUACAUUGGUUUAGAAAUUCCUUUUCAGAUACAACAUCAAUUACAAUUACAAACUCAAUUGGUGGCUCCAACGACUGCAUCAACACCAACUUACAUCGAUCUUAUCGAACGAAUUGAAAGAUUAGAAUUUUUUUUCUUAAGUGAAACUGAGAAACUAUGGAAUAUAGAGAAAAUGAAGGAACGGUUAUUCUCCGUCGGUCGAUGUCGUAAAGAAAGGUUGGAAAAAGAUAACGUUAUUACUUUCUUACAAAGGGAGGUCUUGAACUUAGUACUUGACGAUGAGGACAUUGAGAUAAUCAGAAAUAAAAAAGUUGGUGGUAAAAACUUUCUCAGUUUGACGAAAGAAGAACUUGAAAGUUAUGGACUACAACCGGAACCGGCAUUGCGAUUGCUCCGCUUCGAUCAUGAUUGUCUUCCAUCAGUAUUGAAUGGACGAAGCAUUGGCAGUGAUCCAAUGAUUGUUGUCUCACGUAAACUUACGAAUGAGUUGCUAUGGGAGCAUAUUCGAAGUCAGGCCGAUGUUGGUGAUUAUUAUCCCAUAGUAGUAAAAGCUCUGAAUCGAAAUUGGAAGGUUGAAAUAUGGUUUUGGUCAUUAGAAAUAUCUGGUGACCUUAUGCAAAAAGAAAAGAAAAAUCAAGAAAGUCUUUUUAUACUAUGGAUGAUUGCUACUGAUAUUUCGCAUAUGCGUCUGGAUCUAAUUUCGAGAAAAAAAUGGGCGAUGAACAGGAUGAACAAGUAA